AUGUAUGUAACUACUUCAAAUCAAGAAAAACCAGCAGAAAAAAGUUUCGAUGUCGUUGCCUCAGACAAUACUGAUGCUGUUGAAAGAGAACUUAAAAUUUUAAUUGAAGAAAAAAUUAGAACAAACCAAAUGUGGACUACUGAUUGGAAAAACAUCGAAUUACCUCCAAGCUGUUAUGCACCAAGUAGAUCACCUGAACAAGAUAUAGGUGAUAGUGAUAUCAAUGAACUUGAUAAAAGAGAGAAACGUGCAAAAAGAUUUCAAGCACAUGAUAGAACGAAUAAAUUACACUGGGAAUCUAAGGAACCAGAAUUAGAUGUAAUAAACAUGGAACAAACUAUUGUUGGAACUUGUCAACAACUUGAAAAGCAAUAUUUACGUUUAACAUCAGCACCAGAUCCUUCAACAGUAAGGCCAUUACGUGUCUUAAAGAAAACAAUUGAAGUUUUGAAAAAUAAAUGGGCAGAAGAAAAAAAUUACACAUACAUUUGUGACCAAUUUAAAUCUUUACGUCAAGAUUUAACGGUUCAACAUAUCCAAGAUGAAUUUACAGUUGAAGUAUAUGAAAUACAUGCUCGUAUAGCAUUAGAAAAGGGCGAUGUGGGUGAGUAUAAUCAAUGUCAAACACAACUAAAGGAACUUUACAGAUUAAAUAUUCCAGGUCAAAUGAUAGAGUUCAUGGCAUAUAGACUCCUUUACUUUGUGUACACAAGAAAUCGUUCAGAUAUUAAUGCAUUAAUAGCUGAACUUACUGAUGAAAUGAAAGAAAAUAAAGCAAUUAAACAUGCAUUAGAUGUCAGGUCAGCAUUGGCUACAUCAAAUUACCAUAAAUUCUUUGAUUUAUAUUCAAAGGCGCCUAAUAUGGGAGUAUAUUUGAUGAACCUUUUCGUUGAAAGAGAAAGAAUUGCUGCAUUGAAAAUUUUAUGUAAAUCAUUUAGACCAAAUUUGGAUUUAGAAUUUAUACGUUCUGAAUUAGCCUUUGAAAAUAUAGAAGGAUGUAUAAAAUUUCUUUCAGAUCAUAAUGCCUCUCAAUAUAUUAUAUCAAAUAGCACAUUAGAGACUAAAGGUGCACAAAAACCAAUUGAUGCGUGUAAUGAAGCAUACGGUGAUUGUGAUGAAGAAGGAUUCUGUGAAGAAUGGAUGGCAGCAAGAACUGAUAUAGUCUUGGCUACUAUUUUAGAUGGAGUUAUAUUUUUGCUUUUACUGACGUUUUUUAUUGGUGGAAAUAGUCUAAGGAAAGAUCAUUGGAAGUUGAUUACUGGAUUAAUUAUUCUUGAUUGUUUCCUUCAAUUUUCAGUUGUGGCAUUGAUAUUUCAUGCAUAUAAAAAUUCAGAAAAAUUUAUUUAUGGAUUUAGACUUGACACAAGUUUUUAUCUUGCCUCAUUAGCAGCAGUAUUAAAUUUAACAAAUGGAGUUGGAUUUAUUGUUUAUUCAGUCUUCCUUCAACCAAAAGAAGAACAACAAUCAAAUGACGCUAAUAAUGAUAAUGGAUAUGAACCAAUUAAUCAAUCAGAUGAGGAUGACAUUGAAUUUAACCGACCUGUUCCUUACGUAGAUUUAGAUGAAGCACUUGAAGAAGUCUAUUUAAAAUUAACAAAAGAGGAAGUAAACGAGAAAAACGAUAAUCAAAAAUCCUAUUGA